GCCAUCGUCUGCACGAAUGAUGCAACACGUGUGUAUGUCGAUAGAGAUUCGAUACUUCCUAUGAUAUUUAAACAUCGGAAAUGAUAUAAAAGAAUCAGAUAGAUGUUCAAUAUAUGGUCGAAAUAGUCACCUAGAGAAAGUGAUCUAGGCCUGUGAAUCUCAUACAAAGGAGCCUGUUUCGUUUGUUUACGUGAGCAGUAAUAGCCAAUAUGGCUGAUGAACAAUCCGCAGCUGUUCAGAACAUGAGUAUCGGCGAUGGCCUGGACAAGACUCAGGAAGAGGAUUUCGUUGAUCCGUGGAAUGUUGCAAGUUCAUCUGCGAAGGGAAUCGAUUACGAUAAAUUGAUAGUGAAAUUUGGAAGCUCAAAGAUUGACCAGGCACUCAUUGACAAAAUGGAGAGAGUAACGGGGAAACCGGUCCAUCAUUUUAUUCGAAGGGGAAUUUUCUUCUCUCACAGGGAUUUGCACCAAGUAUUGGAAAUGUAUGAGAAAAAGAAACCGUUCUACCUGUACACUGGCCGCGGACCAUCAUCAGAGGCCAUGCAUUUGGGUCAUCUCAUACCAUUUGUCAUUACAAAGUGGCUACAGGAAACGUUCGAUGUCCCGCUGGUUGUGCAGCUGACAGAUGAUGAGAAGUUCCUGUGGAAGGAUUUCACAAUUGAAGAGGCAAACAGGCUGGCGUAUGAAAACACUAAGGAUAUUAUAGCUUGCGGAUUUGACCCAGAGAAGACGUUCAUCUUCAGUGAUUUUGAAUAUAUUGGGAACAGCAGAGGGUUUUACAGGAACAUGUGUCGGUUUCAAAAGUUGGUCACAUUUAACCAGGUGAAGGGCUGUUUUGGUUUCGGUGACAGUGACUGCAUUGGGAAGAUCAGCUUCCCUUCCAUCCAGGCUGCUCCAAGCUUCAGCUCCUCCUUUCCGGACAUCUUCAACGGGAAGAGCAACGUCCCCUGUCUGAUCCCCUGCGCUAUUGACCAGGAUCCCUAUUUCCGAAUGACGAGGGAUGUAGCACCGAGGAUGGGAUGUAUGAAGCCGGCUCUGAUGCACUCCAUGUUUUUCCCUGCACUGCAAGGAGCUCAAAGCAAGAUGAGUGCCAGUGACGCCAACUCCUCUAUAUUCCUGACAGACACAGACAAACAGAUCAAGACAAAGAUCAACAAGUAUGCAUUCUCUGGAGGUCAGACAACAGUAGAGGAGCAUCGAGAAAAGGGAGGAGACUGCAGUGUUGACGUGUCCUACCAGUACCUUACAUUCUUCUUGGAGGAUGAUGCCAGACUAGAAGAAAUAAAACAAGGUUAUUCCAGUGGUCAGAUUUUAACAGGAGAGCUGAAAAAGGAACUGAUUACAAUUUUACAGAAACUAAUAGGAGAACAUCGAGAAAGGAGGGCCAAGAUCACAGAUGAUGACAUCAAGCGGUUCAUGAAACCAAGGAAGCUCAAAUAUGAUUACUGACACAUAGGUUUAACACGGUGCACUCACAUGAACUGAUUGAAAUGGUCAUUGAAUAUUGAUGACAAAUGAUGAAAAUGUGAUUAUUUUGAUAUUUAUUUAGGGAUGUAUCCUCCCAUCCUGCCAUUAGUCAGUAAGCUGAAAACAACAAACCAGCAUAAUGUACUACCCAUGUAACAUGCUGUCUCAGUCCCAUAAAUUAGUAUGCUGUGGCCUUCGAUGACUUUAUACUAGAACACUUCUUUUCUCAAAAUGCUCAAUUAUUUAGUAGAUUAAUUUUCAAAAAUAUAAAAUGUUCACGUUAGUCUGGAUUAUCUGCUGAAAUAGGUAAUUAUUUGUUUUAUGUGGGAUAACAUUAUACUGGUUCAGGUGUUUUUUCCAAACAUCGGACAAGCAAGAAACAAUUUAUGGGGAACAAUAACAUCAUAAUGAUAUCAAAACUUCUAUGAGAGUAGUCUAUGACUGUUAUAGGUCUUUCAUAUGAAAACAGAUGGCAUUUGACCGACAUAGCAUAUUCCAACUUAUGCAGUCCUGUCUAUAUGGUGUUCAGCUGUUGCGAUAUGUGUAUGGUGCAUUCAGUCCCGGACCUGAGUCGAGAAAGUAACAAAUGGGAGAUAACUCUUCCGAAAACCACAGACUAGACUUUCACUGCCUGCAGCUGAGCACGAUGGGAUAUGUGGUGUUCAUGGUGUUAGCACUUUUUCCACAGGUCUAGCCUCUACUUUGCGCUAUGGUCUCAACACCAAUCUCUACUGGAACAAAUAUUAUCAAUAACAACUUCAACAGGAACUAAAGGUCCAACACAAGCUUUUGCUGGAACUGUAGUAUCAAUACCAGCCUCUACAGGAACUAUAGUUACAACAUCAGACUCUACAGGAACUAUAGUUACAACACCAGACUCUAAUGGAACUAUAGUUACGACAUCAGCCUCAUCAGGAACUAAAGUUACGACACCAGCCUCUUCAGGAACUAUAGUUACGACACCAGCCUCUUCAGGAACUAUAGUUACGACACCAGCCUCUUCAGGAACUAUAGUUACGACACCAGCCUCUUCAGGAACUAUAGUUACAACACCAGCCUCUUUAGGAACUAUAGGCCCAAAAGCUGUGGGCAAUUAGCAGGGUACUGCCCAAGGAUGAUUCUACCACAUUUACUUAUCACUCCAAAAUGUAAUAGUCGAAGUCUAAAUAAAUGCCGAUCAUUUUGUCUUUGGUUAUGUAAACCAAGCUUGUUUCCAGUUCAGAUGAACAUAUGAAACAAGUGUUAGAAUGUAACAAUAUGUUGUAAAUAUUUACACACAAAUAUUUCAAUGUUGUAUUGCUGUUACCAGCAUCACCACUCCUCAACCACUGCGAAUACUGACUACACCACAAGACUAAAUUCACUAUCUCACUCACUCUUACAAUAAAUGUUUAAUUUUUCAUUCCUUUGUUUAAAUGUGAUAAAUGUUUCAUGAAUUGAA